AUGAUUCAGAUGGCAUCUCCUGGAGCAGCGUCGUCUGGAGAUGCUCCACCGACGUCAGCCAGGCGUGAUUCGAUAUCCGAUCGUCGCCGUCCCAAUGAUUCAAUGAGUAGUAGUGGUGGUGCGGAAACGUUACCACGUCCACCGGGAAAGUGGGUCGAAGGUAGAGGUGGCCGAGGAGGUCGUGGUGGACGCGGCUACCAUCGCGGUGCGGCACCAAACGACCGACGAAGUAGCUUUUCUGGUGUUGAAAAGCCUGCCCCAGUUUCGGCCAGUAUGUCUAAUAUGGCUAAAUCAAUGGGGCCUGAAAAUGAAACCAACGAACAAAGGCAGUCGAAUGAUGAGCGGCCAGAUCGACCUGAGCGCAAG